AUGGAACCUACAGGCACAUCUGAGUACCUUAGAGGGUCUGAAAUCCGAGAUGAAAUUGGGUGUUAGCUAUCUCUUCAAGGAUCCCAUACGGGUAUCAUUAGUACGAAGGGGUCUGGGAUCAUCAGGAUCCGAACAAUCCAUGCGUCUCUUAACCUUCAAUCUUUGGGUAUUACACACACAUAAGACCACAAGACUGUGGAUAAAUAAAUAUACUGGCUCUGACUUUGGAUUGAAAUUCAUAUGAAUAUUGAAAUGGGAUCCCCACCAAUGAUAUGAAAUGCAUGAAGGGCAUCAUUUAAAUAUGAAAUUGCUCAACUUUGUAUGGAGCGGAGGGCCUUUCUCUUUCUUCAUCCAUCAUCUUGGCUGUGCUUCUAUUUUUCCAUUUUGGUGGAGCAUUCUAGUUUCUGACUCUCUGUUUCUUGCAGAAGGACAUCCGGAAGCUGAUUGCAGUGUGAUCGGCCUCCCAGAGGAUUCGGUGGCAGGUGCCUGGCUGAAAAUCUGCUCCCUCUGUUUAAUAGCAUGCCAUAGAUAGUCUUGUUUUGAAUGUGGCUCGUGUAUAUAAUGCUUACCUGUUUAAGAGUACCCCAGAUGUGAAUCGUCCUGGCUAGAAAAUGGUUGAUACUCUGCUUGAUCAUCUCUGCUCUGGGGAAACCCUAAUUUAGGGAAGUCAGAUGGAGGGUUGACUUUGAGGGAUUGGCAGGGUGGGUUAUCAUCAUUGCCUUAACUUUAUUAUCCUCAGAUGAGAAUCGUCCUGGCUAGAAAAUGGUUGAUAUUCUGCUGGAUCAUCUCUGCUCUGGGGAAACCCUAAUCUAUGCAAGUCAGAUUGGAGGGUUGACUUCGAGGGUUUGGCAGGGUUAUCAUUAUUACCUUAUUUUUAUUUUCUUUUUCCUCCUAUAUAAUAUCCUCAGAUGAGAAUCGUCCUGGCUAGAAAACAGUUAAUAUUCUGUUGGAUCAUCUCUCCACUGGGUAAACCCUAAUUUAGGGAAGUCAGAUGAAGGGUUGACUUUGAGGGAUUGGCAGGGUUAUCGUAAUUACCUUUUUAUUUUUAUUUUUUCCUCGUAUAUGAUAUUUGUGUAUUUUGUGUCACCUAACACAGAAAUAAUCUUUUAAAUUAUUGCGAAUAUGAUUAAGACCGCCAAACUGCCCACUCCACAUCUUGAUUUGCCCCCAAAUGCGUGGAACCGUUUGUCAAAUAGCUGCAGAUUCUGGAUAAAACUUUCUCCUACGACUCUAUUAAUAUAAUGAAGGUUCUUUCCUUUUGAGUUGUCCACCUGAUCAUUGACGUGGAUGAAAUCAAUUCUGGAGAGAGAGAGGGAGAGAGAGAGAGAGAGAGGGAGAGAGAUGAGAGAGAGAGAGAGAGAGAGAGAGAGAGAGAGAGAGAGAGAGAGAGAGAGAGAGAGAGAGAGAGAGAGAGAGAGAGAGAGAGAGAGAGAGAGAGAGAGAGAGAGAGAGAGAGGAGAGAGAGAGAGAGAGAGAGAGAGAGAGAGAGAGAGAGAGAGAGAGAGAGAGAGAGAGAGAGAUGGAGAGAGAGAGAGAGAGAGAGAGAGAGAGAGAGAGAGAGAGAGAGAGAGAGAGUGAGAGAGAGAGAGAGAGAGAGAGAGAGAGAGAGAGAGAGAGAGAGAGAGAGAGAGAGAGAGAGAGAGAGAGAGAGAGAGAGAGAGAGAGAGAGAGAGAGAGAGAGAGAGAGAGAGAGAGAGAGAGAGAGAGAGAGAGAGAGAGAGAGAGAGAGAGAGAGAGAGAGAGAGAGAGAGAGAGAGAGAGAGAGAGAGAGAGACACACACACACACACACACAUACAGAUGCAAGCAAAAUUGGGAAAUCAUCUUAAUAUUUUAAAGUUUGUAGUAAGUUGA